CGUCCUCCCCGUCCCCUCCCCCCGGUCUGUGAAGGUCAUUACACCCAGGCAGUCGCGGUCCAAUAUAGCGCAUGCGCCCGGGCCCUGGCAGAGGCAGGAGAGGCGGCACACUGACUGUACAUACAGAGCAGCAGGCAUACACACAGCAGGCAAUAUGGCGAGAAUGCCUGGCAGCGGGGACUGCACCCCGGGCACCGCAGAGAUAGAGCCCAUGCAGGGGCAGCCCCGGUCCGCACAGCACCGCCUGCAGCCGGGCAGCGCCGGUGAAGAAGAAGAAGAAGAAGAGGAGGAGGAGGAUGAUGAGAUCCAGGAGAUCCAGAUCACAGGGGAUGAGGAGGAGGAGGACGAGCUGCUGCUGCUGGAGGAGGAUGAGGAUGAGGAGGAGGAUGACAUGCCGCUGGAGGAGUGGGAGGACGGGCCGCUGCUGGAGUCCCCCUACACCCGGCUAGGUGAGCGUGCAGCUGGCAUCGCCCCGCACCACCCGCUGCAGCGCCCGCUCCUGGCGCCCGGCCUGCGCUCCGGAAUGGUGGCCGAGGACGUGGAGCCGCUGCUACUGCAGUUCGGGGGCUCAGGCAGAGUCGCGGACGGGGGCAGCUGUGCGGGAUCCCCGUCCGAGCGGCCGGAGCGAGCCCGGCUGAGCGAGAACACCCGCCUGGCCACCCGCUACGCCGUGCGCAUCUUCCGGGAGUACCUGAGCGAGAAGGCGCAGAGCCCGGACUUUGAGAACAUGGACAAGGAGGCGCUGUGCCGGGUGCUGCGCUCCUUCUACGCCGAGGCGCGCUCCAAGAGCGGCCAGCUCUACAGCAAGUCCUCCCUCAUCAGCAUCCGCUCGUCCCUGAACCGCUACCUGAACGAGCCGCCCUACUGCCGCACGCUGGACCUGACCAAGGACCCGGAGCUGCGCAGCGCCAACCUGACCCUGGCCGCGGUCAUCCGUAAGCUGGAGGAGCAGGGGGCCGGCCCGGUGGUGCAGAAGCAGGCCAUCACCCGGGCGGACCUGCGCAAGCUCUACACCUCCUGCGUCUUCAGCGCCGCCUCUCCCUUCGGGCUCCUCAACAAGGUCUGGUUCGAGACCUGCAUGUACUUCUGCACCCGGGGACGGGAGAACCAGCGGGAGCUGGAGGAGGACUCCUUCGGACUGGCCAUGGACGAGGACGGCCGGCGCUUCGUCUACUUCAAGGCUCUGGGGCCCUACCACAAGUCCCGCUCCUCCUCCUGGGGCAAGAAGCGCUGCGGCGGGCCGGCCGUAGUGGGCGGCAGCUGCAGCGGAGCCGGCGGCGCGGAGGGGGACGAGGAGAACCUGCCCCGCAUGUACGAGACGGGCACCGAGUUCUGCCCCUACGCCAGCUUCGUCAAGUACCUGGCCAAGCGCAACCCGCUGUGCAAGGCCUUUUUCCAGCGGCCCCGGGACCACUGCAGCGAGUCCGACGUCACCUGGUACGAGAACAAGGCCAUCGGCAAGAACCUGCUGGGCACCCGCAUGCAGAUGCUCUCCAAGGCGGCCAAGCUCUCCAAGACCUACACCAACCACUGCAUUGGCGCCGUCUCCGUGGCCACCCUCAACAGCAUCGCCGGCAUCGGCACCAAGCUGGGGCCCCCCUACUUCAUGGACAGCAUGAACGGCGGCAGCAGGCACAGGUCAGUGGCCCCCAGCAACAUAUGCAUCCUGCCCAAGCCCAAUGGUGGCCUGCAGGAGCUCAAGACUGAGGCGCUCAAGAGGCCGGGCUACGAUUCCAGCCAGCCGGUGUAUGGGGAUGCCUGCAGCCCUCCCUCUCCAAAGAGACUCCGCAUCAGGUCUGCGGAGCCCUCAGACUGUGUCCUGCUUGUGUCUGUCAAGAGUGACCCUCAGCCACCCUGCCCAGAGACUAAUGGACACAUGGUGCUGGCUGCCUCGCCCGCUGUCACCUCGCCCACUGUGGUGUCCCCAGUCCAGGACACCAGACCCAACAUGUCAAGACCUCUGAUCACUAGAUCACCUGCGUCACCUCUGAACAAUCAAGGCAUUCCUACGCCAGCACAACUCACUAAGUCCAAUGCACCUGUUCACAUUGAUGUUGGUGGACACAUGUACACUAGCAGUUUGGCAACCCUAACAAAAUACCCAGAUUCUAGAAUUGGAAGACUCUUCGAUGGUACAGAGCCCAUUGUGUUGGACAGUUUAAAACAACAUUACUUCAUAGACCGAGACGGACAAAUGUUUCGUUAUAUAUUGAACUUCCUGCGUACAUCAAAGCUACUAAUCUCUGAUGAUUUUAAAGACUACACUCUACUAUACGAAGAAGCAAAGUACUUCCAGCUUCAGCCAAUGCUUCUGGAACUGGAGAGGUGGAAGCAGGACAGAGAAUCUGGACGUUUCUCUAGGCUUUGUGAAUGCUUGGUCGUCAGAGUCGCCCCAGAUCUUGGUGAAAGGAUUACGUUGAGUGGAGACAAGUCUCUAAUAGAGGAAGUUUUUCCAGAAAUUGGGGAUGUGAUGUGUAAUUCUGUCAAUGCGGGCUGGAACCACGACUCUACACAUGUAAUUAGAUUUCCACUUAAUGGAUACUGCCACCUCAACUCCGUUCAGGUGCUGGAGAGGUUGCAGCAACGCGGCUUUGAGAUUGUAGGAUCAUGCGGAGGAGGAGUUGACUCUUCUCAAUUUAGUGAAUAUGUAUUGAGGCGAGAACUGAAAAGGACAUCUCGUGCGCCCUCUGUCAUUCGAAUAAAGCAGGAGCCAUUAGAUUGAAUGGACAAUUUUCUUAUGCAAAAUGGGACAAUUUAUGUUCAGUUGGGACCCAUGUCCAAGAAUUAACACUGAUAAGACAUUUCAGUCACCUCAAAAGACAUUAACAGCUGUUACACAGCGGCAUCAGGAAUACAAGUCAGGACGGUAACUACAGGAUAUUAAAGUCUAGAAAAACCUGUAAAAUGAUAAAAGGGUACUGUAAUAACUACACAUUAUUCACACCUGAGACUGUACACUAGAAAAUAUACCAUAAGAUGAAUUAUGUUCCUAGUUUUUCUUCCUUGCAGUAUAGCGUUUUAGUUGCUUAUAAUAUCCAAAGGGGGUUAUGGCAUAAAACAACCACUACCGUGAGAUUUUCUAUUGCCAUAAACACAUGUCGAAAGGGGAGGGGGGAGUCCCGCAGUACAGUUACGUUAUGUUCGCUGGCUUCAAUUCUUCACUGCCAGAGGUUGUACCUUACACUCCGGGUUCCCCCUGGCAGUGAAGUGGUUACUGCCAGCUGCUAUGCAUCGGGCUGAUGCAUUUUGACAUUUGCAUACAUUGUUGUUGGGGUUUUUUGUUUUCAUGUCCACCCUUUUAAUUUACUUGGAAUAAUGUUAUGAUCUGUAUCUGAUCUUUAUUUGUGAUGGGUUUUUGAAACCUCUUUUCCUAAGAGAGAAAAAAAAAUGGGUUAGCCAGUGAUGGGCAGAUUUAAGCUCUUAUUACUUGAAAAUUAGAACUGCUUUAAUUCCUCUAGUGCAAGUGCAUUCCUGUCAAGCAUCCCUGAUCUACAAACACAAGCUGGCAUUAAAAACGGGAUUGACUAAAAUUCUUUAUUGCAAAAGAUAUUUUGAAAGUUAGAACAACCCAAGUGUUUACUGAUGUGCAAUUCUUCCAUUAAUGCAGUCUGAACAGUUGUUUAUUUGUAAAAGGACGGGGAGGAAAAAGCAGUAGUCGCCAGAUCCAAUGUGUAGUCCCCUCUUUCUUGUUGGAGUUAGAGCUGUGGACCUAUUUGUUUCAUAUACAUUUAGGGUAUUUAAAAAAAAAAAAAAAGUGCACCUCCUGAACCUAUUUAUUUCCACAUAUGAUUGGUCUAUGGGCAUUGAACUUGUCACCUACCUACAAUGGAGGCAGCUAUUUUGUGGUCCAACUUAACAUUGAUGAAAAGGCAUCAUAUUAAAUCACUAUGAACAUGUGAACCCAUUGAGAUUCUUUUCAACACAGAGGCUGGCGCUGUGUAGGGGAAACAAAUAUUCACGAAAAUGUAGCUCAUUAGUUCACUAGGAACCCUUGACCGCACAUAGGUACAUAACCUGAGUCAUGCAAGUGGGUCCUAGUGAACUGUUAACAGAGAUUGCGUUCAUGAAAACGAACCUAUGUGCUUGAAUCAGGGGCACUUAAGAUAAUGAGAGUGUGAGAGAAUGUGCACACACACAGAAAUAACUGGCUUUGACACAGUUGUAUGUAUUUAGCUUAUUUAUUAUUAUGUAUUUACUGGGUAAAAGGAGUAUCCACCUGUCAUUUUUCUUAUAGCAGUGGAAAAAAAAUCUUAAAACCUUACAGUAAAGCGCAAUUCAGUUAGUGUAGGUGGCUGCAAACUGCCGUCGGACUGGCAGCACUUUGUGUCCUCUUACAUUGCCAAUUAUCCCUCGCACACUUUAGAAGGAGAGAAUCUAAUAUGGACCCAAGACUGAUAACAUUGUCAGUGACUCCUGUCGCACAUAUAGUAAUUGCUGUUCCUUGCUUGCUUGCAGAAAAGGAAUUAUUUGAUUACAUUUACCAAAUUCAUUGAUAAGAACCUGAUCUUGCCAUAUGUAACAGUCAACCAGUUAUUUUGUGUGUGUUUCAAAUCUUAAUCAUUUAUUCAUUUUCCUCAUUCAAGAAAUUUGGGCUUGAGUUUAGGAAUUUCCUUAUUAUUAUUAUUAUUAUUAUUUUUUUUAACACAUUGAGACAGCUGUAUACUACUGUAUGGUUGUGUAUCUAAUGUCAACUAUUCUUCAUUUUACAGACCUCCAUUUGUUUCUACACUACUGCCAUUUGUAGUUUGGUUAUAAGUUAUACCUUUGGAAUUUAUAAUGGGAUCACAUUUGGAAUACAUAAUUUUUAGUAAACAUGGUGAUUAAAUAUUGAUUGGCUGUUUACCUUCCUUCCCCUCACUCCAAAGAGCAGAAAUAUAAUUGAUUGGUGGACCCCAUCCACAGUCUAAAUGGUUACUUUCACUGAUGGUCUACCAUCAGCUUUGCAGCAUCAUCGAUUUUUUAUUUUUAAGAUCGACUCCAACUUGUGUGCUCUGCACUACUUUUGUAAUAGCUCAUCUUAGGGGACCUUGGCUAGUGACAGCAGUAGACUAUAAUUAGCAGCAUCCAUCCUAAAUAACCUAUUAGACUCCAGCAAUCAGUAUUGUAUUUUAAAGGACCACUAAACAGGGCAAUAAAAUGUAUUCCGUCAUCCUCGCAAUAAUGCAAGAUUUAUGUAAAAGAACACUCAACCCCAAAAUUUAAUUUUUUAAGAUUUAAAUAAACACUCCAGUUGUUUCAUGUA